AUGGCUUCUUCCAACCGCACUCCUCUCACCAGCAUCGACUCCAUCAACUCUCAGAUCGAGAAAGUUGUCCCAACCGCGGAUCAAAGUAGGUUUGUCCGGGGUUUCAGUAAGGAACUUUGGGAGGGUCUCGCUGCGGCCGCGAGAUCCUCAUCAUUUGGCCGCAACACUAUCGAUCUUGGUAGCCUGGUCAAGCAUGGACCCAAGAUGCCAGAUGAUAUGGAGGACACUACUGAACUCACAGGAUUCGCAACCUGGGAGAUUACAAGGGAGCCGAAGUCGCUCAUACCCCCUCUCCCGGUACAGCCUCACGAUCCUCGCAACGGCCUCAAGCGACGAUGGAGUCUGAUGAAGCCGCAACCUACUCCCUGCGAGAUAUCGGAGCGUAGCAGCUUCCAAGUCUCAGAUAGCAAGUCUAAUGGUCUUGCUUUCAUGUUUUUGGCUUGGUCUUACAUCCUUUGCGUGUUCUUGCUUGAAGAGCAGCGUGUUUCUGUUGCUUAUGAAGAUGCAGCAGUUCCAUCUGAUGAUGAAAAGCCUACGAGCAAUGAAUUCACCGUGGACCUCGGCGAUGCCAGUGAUGAAGAAUAUCGCUGGUGGUCUGCUCUUCUCUCUCCUGGCCAAGGAUGGAAGGCUACUCGCUUUGGGCAUCCAGUGUGGGCUGUUUCAUUUACUGGAAACGUUAGAUUCAACGUCAUCAGCCAACCCAGUGCUUCACAGCCAUCCGAAGAAAUUGAAGAGAUCAAUGAGAUCAAGCCCCCUACUAGCAGAGAAGCAAUUGCAUUCCUCUCUCGCUUUGCGUCCUUGUACAAUUUGGAAAGCCAGGCUGCGUUGGGCCUCGCGAUGGCGUUGACUGUUCCCCUUCAUAAGAACAUGUCUUCAACUAUACACCUCCCAAAGCCACACCUCGCCAAGUCGAGUGCUGUUUCUCUGACAUCUGUCAUUAACAAGGAGUUUCGCCAGCUGUCUUACUACAUGGUUCUCAGCUCCAAUCCUGCUUUCGUGGCUUCGACUCUUUGGUCUGUCUUCUGGGAACCCGAGGUCGACUGCAAUCUGGUCACUCCUUGGUUCGAUCCAAUAAUUGACGUCCUUCAGCCGUUGAUUGAACAAGAAGAUCUUGAGACGGUGGGCCAUAUACUAGCACUGCGAAGGCCUAACGUUGCACCUCUGUGGUACGGGUUGCUUGCUUGUGGGACGACAGAGACUGUCUCGGCUAUAGUUCCCUACCUCAAGACGCUCAAUACUCGCGUGCCUGCAAGGCUCAUACCCGAAGUUGCUGUUUGGACAGAUUCACCUCAGUCAUUCAUGGAUAUGCCUGGAGAUGGUCCUUACCUACAAGAAAACCAGAUCUCACGAGCCGACGCGUGGCGGCUUCGGUAUGAGUGCUGCAAUACUUGGAAAGACGGCGCUCAUUUUCGGUAUCUGCCAAGUACUCCAUUUCGCCCUUUUGGCUUUAUAAAUGGAGAUGAGCUUGAGGCCGUGGUACAUAAGCAUCUUGAGGAAUGUUCGAGACAUCAAUGGACAUAUCAGGGAUUUACAUGGAUACUGAAGAGUGGUGUUACGUUGCUACAUGAGCCUCGUAUAUUGACCACAUCCUGGGCUGAUUUUGAAGACGAUUCGGUCAUUCAACCACCCAAACGAGAAUCAAUGGACCCAAACUAUAAACCGGAUCACGCAGCGAGCCAAAGAGCUGUUGGUGAUAUUUUCCGAUGGGCUGCUACAGAGAUGGAGUCGUCUGGGAGGCAUAUCUACUCUCAUCCUUGGGUCGAUAUAAAGUCGCAUUGUAUAGAGGCUGAGAAUGCGAAAAAGAGUGGGAAAAAAGGGAUGAUGCGUCUGUCGGAACUGUUGAUGGCGAGAAUCAAAGAGUGGAACGACAAUCGCGAAGACGACGAGACGGUUGUUGGUGCUGGAGAAGCUUAG